UGUGUAUGGGGUGACGAUCUCAAUCUCAGAAAGAACCUCGACUAUUUCAGAGGGCUUCAAGUCGACGGUGUCAUUUACGACAGGAUCGGUGAGGUGAGACCACGACGGAAAACACAUUCGUCGUCGAAAACGAAUCUCGAACCGCUUUUUACCGAUACGGACUCCAGAUCACAGUCGCUCGCCGACGCCCGAUCCGGAGCUGAUCGCCCGUCUCCACCCACAACCAACACCAGAACCAGAACCUAUUGUCCGCGAUACGAUGCAUUUGAGUAUCUCAAAGAAUUCCGCCUUCAGCAAAGUAGAAAACGAAGAAAACAGCCAAACGUCGUGUAUACACAAGUCAACGCAAAACUAUUGUUCGUUAUGUACAUAAUUAUGUGA